AUGGCCGAGACUUCCACACAACCCACAACCACAGGAAAUCGUGGGGGUGUGGCAAGGAUCGCUAAUUGUCUGAGCCAGCUGUUAGCCGGUGGAGACAUGAGCGACGUUCAGUUUGUCGUGGGACGUGAUUAUGGUUGGCUGAUCCUGAGUGCCCGUAGCGAUGUGUUCCACGCCAUGUUUAAUGGAAAUCUGGCAGAGCCCCUUUAUAUCUACACCGAGUUUGCGACUACUCUCACUCCGGACAACGUCCUUCAGACAUUGCACUGCGCGGACAAGUACGGUCUGCCGUCGCUGGUGGCCAGGUGCCUCGGUUUCGUCCAGCAUAAACUUCGUAUGGAGAACUUCCUGGAUAUUCUGGAAAAGAUGGUUCGCUAUAAGUGCUCUACACCCAAGAUCAUGGAGAAAUGCUUGCUUCGGAUUGAUGAAUCGUCAGAAAAGGUGUGGCAGUCGGAGCAGUUUUGUGCCAUCGGGCAGGAGACGCUACAGAUUAUUCUUCAGCGGGAUGCGUUGAGUGCCGACGAGAAUACUAUCUAUUCGGCGGUGGAAAGAUGGGCUACAAGUGCAUUCCACCGAAAGAACAUAGAGGCAUCUUCCGCUAAUCGGCGUGCAGAGCUGGGCGCGGCGUUGUAUCUGGUCAGAUUCCCGGUUAUGACCGAGGCUCAGUUGCUGGAUGGACCGGCUAAGACCGGUUUAUUGCUGCAGUCGGAGUUACGGGACAUCUUCCAUUAUAAGCACGCCGCAGACAAACCACAGCUGCUGUUUCCUGUCAAUUCCCGACAGGAUGAAUCGCCCGCUGAGGGCGUUAUCAAGUGGACGAUUGCUGAUAUAAGGGAGCUGAAGACUACACAGAUUUAUAGCGCUUGUACAACUGUGAGGAAGCUGCAAUGGAAGAUCGCCGUGCGAAAGGUCAUUAUUGCCAAAGAGGUUACUGUCUUUGGAUACUUCCUGCGUUGCUCUGGUCAUGCAAAAUGGGCUUCCUGGACGUGCCACGCAGAUGCAGAACUGCAUCUACUGCCAUGGAAAACGGAAACUGCGCCUCUGAAAGCAGAACUUUCUCAGUGCCGGUUCAGCAAGGAAGAGAAUGACUGGGGCUUUUCCGACUUUAUUCAUUUGGAGGUGGGAUAUUUUAUUCUUGUCAAAGUCCUUUUGCAUUAA